CCGAGGCCCACACCUAUCCUUUUCCUUGGCGGCGCCGGAGCGGCUGAGUCUGCGGGCCGACCGCGACGCGGGGCGCUAUGGACCCGUUCACCGAGAAACUCCUUGAACGAACUCGUGCUAGAAGAGAGAACCUUCAGAAAAAAAUGGCUGAGCGGCCUAAGGCAGCAGGCAGGGUCGCAACCCAGACCAAGAGACAUCGGGAGCCGCUUACAGACACCAACAACCAGCUGCCCCCAAGAGAUGGAGAAGAAAGAACUUGUACAAAGCCAUCCCCCUCGAAACGACCCUGCUCAGACCAUGCGGAGGGACCGGCCUCUAACCUGGAGAACAAACAGCCGGCAGAUUCACCUUCUACAACUUCUUGUACUUCCCACCCCGGGGCCCAGCCUUUGCCAGGGGAGGCAGAAAUGCUGACCGCCAAAACUGAACCGCCUGGGGCCUCCUCUGUUAAAACCCGCAUGCAGAAGCUGGCGCUGCAGCGUCUCGGGUGGGAUAGGGAUAGUGACGAUGACGUCCUCGAGGCCCCGGUCCCUGUCCCUGGCCCAGCCCCAACCCCCAACGUAGCCCAGCCCCUAGGUCUGGCCCCUACCCCUGGCACAGACGGGCCUGCAGCCACCCCGAUCGGGAGAAGGGGCCGCCUGGCCAACCUUGCUGCCACCAUUUGUUCCUGGGAAGAUGACCUCAGCCAUCCAUCUGCAAAGCCCAGCCGUGGCCAAGAGCAGCCUGGUACAACUUGUUUGUCCCCAGUUUCCUCUUCCACAGGAGCAUCUGCUCCCAUCAAUAGCAGCACUGUUGGCCAGAGAGCUCCCGGCUGCUCCCGCCUGGAGCCAGGGGCCGCAGUGGCCAGCUCAGCGGCCGGCUCAGGGGAAGCCACUCCGAGUCGGGCGGCGGCUUGCAGCAGCCCUCUGAAAGCUGCUCCCUCCCCCGUGAAGUCCUGCCCGACCCCCCCGAAGAGCCCUGCACAAGGAAAGGGGCAGGAUCUGGAGCCCCUUCUGGAAAGCCCGACCCCGCAGAGCGAGCUCGUGAAGCCUAGCAUCAGGCCCACUCUGUCCCAACCCAGCCAGUCCCGAGGAGCCCGGGGGCCUCCCCCGAAAGACCAGGCUACAACUCCAGGGGGAGCCGGCAUCAAGCCUUUCCUGGAGCGUUUUGGAGAGCGUUGCCAGGAACACGGCAAGGCGAGCCCCGUGGCACCCACCCCACCUCGUGCUCCCAUCAUCACCCCCAAUACAAAGGCCCUCCAGGAAAGGCUGUUAAAGCAGAAGGCAGCGCCCUCCUCUGCCACCUUCAGCCAGCAGCUCAAGCAGGAACGAGAGAAAGAGCUUGCUUGUCUUCGAGGCCGUCUGGACAAGGGCAAUUUGUGGGCUGCAGAGCGAGGAGAGAACUCAAGGAGCAAACGGACAGAAGCGAAAGAGGAAACCCCAUGUCAGGAUGGUGUACCAGGAAAAUACCAGGCUGAUUCCAGGAAGGAACAGGCCACAGGAUCUCAGACGCCCGUAAAGUCUCCCAGCAUCAAGCCUGCGGGCAUUCCUGAAAGCGAAAUGACCACAUCUAGUCCUUUGAAAAUAACUUUGUUCUUAGAGGAAAAAUCCCCGAAAAUUGCUUUGGACCCUGAGGUUGAGAAGCAGACAGAAGAGGUACGUGAUGGGGAUGAUGAGGUCCUCAAUAGCUCCAGAGUCAUCAGUGAGAUCUUCAGUGAUGUACUGGAGGAGAAUGGGCUGGGCCUGGAGCCUCAGGAGAGCAGUGAGGACGCCGGUAGUCUUGACGAGCCGGAGGAGGCCCUGAACAUCUCGUCCAUGUCCUUACUGGCCCCGUUAGUAGAAACAGUGAACGUGACAAGUCCCGAGGUAUUUGCUUCCUCUCCUAGUCUGGAAACGAGAGAUAGCAGUGCAAGUGAUGGAAGCCUAAAGCCUGGGAAAUUCCAAAGGACCCGUGUCCCAAGAGCCGAGUCUGGGGACAGCAUCAGCUCUGGAGACCGAGACCUUCCCUAUAGCAUCGACACUUACCGCUCUCAGAGGUUCAAAGAGACUGAGCGUCCUUCGAUAAAGCAGGUGAUCGUUCGCAGAGAAGAUGUCUCCUUGAAACUGGAAGAGAGGAAGACCACGUCCCCCUGCCAAGUGAAUGCCAAGCAGAAGAUCCAGGACCUGAAUAAUGAGGUCAAUCUGCAGCAGACAGUGAUCUACCAGGCCAGCCAGGCUCUGAACUGCUGCACUGAUGGCGAGCAUGGGAAGGGCUCCCUGGAAGAGGCUGAGGCGGAGAGACUCCUCUUGAUCGCAACUGAGAAGAGAGCGGCUUUGAUCGAAGAGCUCAACAAGCUGAAGGCAGAGGGGCCUCAGCGACGGCCCCGAGCCAGCCCCACAUCUGGCGAGCUGGCUCCGUCAAGGGGCUCCAUCGCCCUCUCCGAGUUCCGGCUGCCUCUGAAAGCUGACUUUGUCUGUGACCCGGCUCAGCGAGCAGAAGCGACAAAUUACUACUUAAUUAUGCUGAAAGCGGGAGCCGAGAACAUGGUCGCAACGCCUUUGGCGAGCACAGCAGACUCCCUCACUGGGGAUGCGCUGACAUUCACCACCACAUUUACUCUGCAAGAUGUGUCCAAUGACUUUGAAAUCAAUGUUGAAGUUUACAGUUUGGUCCAAAAGAAAGCUUUCUCAGGGCCUGACAAGAAGAGAAAGGCAUCCAAGGCCAAGGCCAUCACUCCCAAGCGACUCCUGACAUCCAUCACCACUAAAAGCAGCCUCCAUUCUUCAGUGAUGGCGAGCCCAGGGGGCCUCCACGCCGUGCGCACCAGCAACUUUGUACUCGUGGGGUCUCACACCCUCUCGCUGUCUUCCAUAGGAAGUACCAAAUUUGCUUUGGACAAGAUAAAUUAUGAUGUAAAAGAGCGAGAGCUACUGGGUUAUAUGUUCCACGACAAGGUACCUUUCUUGUGUCCUUUGGAAGGUCAUAUUUAUUUAAAAAUCAAGUGCCAGGUGAAUUCAUUUGUGGAAGAAAAGGGCUUUCUGACCAUCUUUGAGGACGUCAGUGGGUUUGGAGCCUGGCACAGGCGUUGGUGUGUUCUUUCUGGAAACUGCAUCUCCUACUGGACCUACCCAGACGAUGAGAAGAGAAAGACCCCCAUAGGGAGGAUAAACUUGGCCAAUUGUACCAGUCGUCAGAUAGAGCCAGCCAACCGAGAAUUCUGUGCCCGACGCAAUACGUUUGAAUUAAUUACUGUCCGACCGCAAAGAGAAGAUGACAAAGAAACCCUUGUCAGUCAGUGCAGAGACACACUCUGUGUCACCAAGAACUGGCUGUCUGCUGAUAGUAAAGAAGAGCGGGACCUAUGGAUGCAGAAGCUGAACCAGGUCCUUGUGGACAUUCGCCUCUGGCAGCCGGACGCCUGCUACAAGCCCGUGGGGAAGGUCUGAGCCUCCAUGGGCCGGCCGGCUCUGGCUGCCAUCCAUGGGAUGCUAACUUAGGUCUUGGGCUUCACACGGGCUCGACUUUGCUAUUCUCUGUGUGUGCACACCUUUCACUACUAACCUCUCCUCUGGUGCCCACAGCCAGCAGGGGAGCCCGCUUGGCACAGGGCAUGGUGCCCCAGCUUUCUGAACCUUCCCCUCCUGGUCAGUCCUUGUGGUUUUCCUAAGUCUUGUUUGCAGGUGAACAUGUUGGAUUCUCCUUUUUGCAAUGUGGGAGGUGGGGUGGUGCUGCAGGAUAGGGAAGAUGACCCCAAAGGCCUUAGGGAGCCUCAGCUCAGCUUCCUUGCUGUGGCUGGAGUUUGUGGGCACUGGCCAGAGAGCCGGGAAGGUUGUUCGGCAAGGCUUGGUUCGCAUCAAGAUUUUACUAAGGGAUUUAGGACUUUUUUCCAAAAUACUCCUAGCACCAUGCUGCUUCCCUGCCAGAGGGAUAACGCAGAAGGAUUCAGAUGAAGCAUUUAGGAGGCGCGGGAGCUGAGUUGGGGUUUAUGGUCACCCAUCUCUCACAGCAGGGUGGCCCGGCUUCACAGGAGGCCGCUGCUUGUGUCCUGAAGUAACUUGUAGACUUUGCGUGUGCUCCUGGGAUGAGACGUUGCAGGAAUUGCUGCGGAAUUUUGAUAGAAAGUAAAUAAUUUUUAUAAAGCUGCUAUGGACUAAUGCUUUCCUUGCCAAAGGUUUUUUUUUUCUUUUUGUAUCCUGAAACGGCAGUGUCUACUGGCAUUUUAAAAUGAUUUGUUAUCGAAACUUCAGGCAUUGUAAAGCAGGGGCGUUCAGCUGGGUACCCUUUUUAAACAGACUAUUUUCUCUGAGUCUUAAAGCUGUUGGUUCUCAAUUAAAAACACUAAUUUCGGUCAUUGUUUUCUUGUUAUAUGAUAUUUCUUUGGAAAUCUAGUUUUUCUCAAAUAUAUAUCCUAAAAAUAUAUUUUAUGUAUUUACCCAAAUAAAUGCUUGUAAAUAUCU